UUUUGCUUUAUGCAUACAUGCGACGUAUAUGCCAUAGAUCUAACGCAAGCUUUGGCUGCUUACCAACCGAACUAUCGCAUACCCAGUUCUACCAGCGGUACCCCUUGGUUGAAGGAAGACCAAUUGCGUUAAUGCAUUCGGCAUUCCUUUAACUGCCUUAGCGGACAGCGGGACAAAUGGCGGACGUGUUUGCUCUGCCGGAGACCAGCGCCAAGGAGCGGGAUGCGCAUGCGGCCAAGCUGAAGGAGUUCGAGCUGCGCAGGAAGAUCCGACAGGUAGUUGUCCCCACCGACGAUGGCAAGGUGCGGCAGCUGCUGCGGCAGCUGGGGGAGCCCGUCACCAUGUUCGGGGAGCGGGAGAUGGAGCGGCGCGAGCGGUUGAAGCGGCUGAUCGCCCAGCGCGGCGAGGGCGAGGUGGAGCUGGAGCUGCAGCUGCCGGGUGGGGAGCAGCAGCUGCUGGAGGAGGAGGUGGCGGUGCAGAAGGAGUUGUUCUACACGGAGGGGAGUGAGGCGCUGCGCUCCGCCCGCCGCACGCUGGCGGCCUACUCGCUGCUGGCGGCCAAGGGGCGGCUGCGGGGGGCCAAGCGGAGGAGGGAGGAGGCGGAGAUGGGCAGGGCCUACGCCGCCUGCGGCUCCUCCGCCACCUCCGCCGUGCGGCAGCUGGUGCAGCAGUGCAGCGAGCUGGGCGACACGCGGCCCAUCAGCCACUGCGCCUUCUCGCCGGAUGGGACUCAGCUGGCGGCAUGCGGCUGGGGCGGCACCCUCUCCCUGUGGUCCGCCCCAUCCGUCACCAAGCUCUGGUCCGCCCCCGCGCCCAAGGAGGCGCCCAGGCUGACGGGGGUGGCCUGGCACCCCGCAGCGACCCACGGGUCACACAGCAGCGAGGGGGCGGUCAACCUGGCCUCGGCGGCGUCAGACGGGGUGGCGCGGCUGUAUACGGGGAAGGGCGAGCUGCUCCGCAGCCUGGAGGGGCACACGGAGCGGCUGGGGCGGCUGGCCUUCCACCCCAUGGGGCAACACCUGGCCACCGCCUCCUUCGACGGCACCUGGCGGCUGUGGGACGCCGAGGCGGGCAGCUGCCUGCUGGAGCAGGAGGGGCACUCGCGCGCGGUGUACGCAGUGGCAUUCCACCCGGACGGGUCGCUGGUGGGCAGUGCGGGCAUGGACGCGUACGGUCGCAUCUGGGACUGCCGCACCGGGCGCUCCGUGCUGCUGCUGGAGGGGCACGUGAAGCCGCUGCUGGCUCUGGACUUCUCACCCAACGGGUACCACGUGGCGACCGGCAGCGAGGACCACAGCGCAAAGGUCUGGGACCUGCGCCGCAAGGGCUGCCUCUACACGCUGCCCGCACACACCUCGCUGCUGAGCUGCGUGCGCUACGAGCGGGCCGGCGGCUGGUACCUGCUGACGGCGGGGUACGACUGCGUGGCAAAGGUGUGGAGCGGUCGCGACUUCUCGCUCCUCAAGUCACUCGCGGGUCACGAGGGCAAGGUGAUGGGCGCCGAUGUGUCGCCCGCAGGCAACCACCUGAUCGCAACGGUGUCGUACGACCGGACCAUCAAGAUGUGGGCGCCGGAGGAGCUGCCGCCGCUGCUGGCGUGAGCGCAAGCUGCUGGUGUGACGAGCACGUGACGCAAGCCCCAUGCAGCAUGCCGGCGCAUGAUGAUGUGGGUUUCGGAGCAGCGUAAUAAGGCUGGUGUGGGCGCCGCGCGGUCGCGAGGAUGGGCUGUUUUUCUCCAUGGUCCGGGGGAUUGUAAGGGAUUUGCCGGCUAGGCUGCGAUGCCGGUUGCCUCCCCCGAAGCAGCGUGUGUACCUCUCGCACCAGGUAUGUAAACCCUUACCGGUAUCGCCUCUACGCUCCUGGUUGGCGCCUCUUCCUCAG